GGCAUUUAAAAAUGGCGACGCAGUUUUAUUUGUUGUAAUGUUCUUUCAAGGAACAAUAAAAAGUAUCUUUUCCCUUAUCGCGAAUCAUGGGUGAAGUUUUUCCAUUAAAAAAAUAAAUGUACAAAGUACUAUGUUACAUUAUUUCUAAAAAGAAAAGUUAGAAAUUCUCCAGAACUCGAAGAACGCGAACUAUUCAUUUUUUGUUAAAUUUUGAAGGUUAGAAAUAAGACAGAUCGUCUCAAAAUAUAAUUUGACGAGUAAAAUACGACACAUAUCUAUAUUUAAAUGCAAAUAGAUAAAAGGAUUCAAAAAUGAGUAGCCCUCGUGUAAGAGAACUCGAGAAAAAAGGAAUUGUUUUCAAAAUCGUUGUCUCAAAAGAAGACAUAACAUCACGAGUUUUAUUGCCCUACGAAUGCUUCGUUUGUGGAUGUAAACUUCGCUCAGAAUCAAAUGCCAUAGCACAUUCAAAAAAUCCACAUCACAUACAGCAAUUUAAUCGUUUUCAGCAAUUUUUCAAUAUUAUUCCACCAGCAAGCUUCAAUGGUAGAGUGUCACUUUUAUGCAAAUUUUGCGACAAUCAACCAUCGUGGGAAGAUUCUAAAGAACACACUCAAAAGCACAAUAUUACCUCGUGGCUGAAACCCGACAAUUUAUCGCAUACUUUCUUUCGACACUACAUUUCUCAACACAAGAAUGUCUACAAAUGCAAUUUAUGCCAAUUUCUCUAUGGCAGUUGGUUUCAUGCCAUCGAUCAUACAAAAGACACACGACACAUGCAAAGUUGGAAUCAAACAUCAUCAGCGUCGGCGAAAUAUUCCCUCUAUGAAAAUACCGAUCCUCAAUUUAAUCUCUUAAUCUCGAAUCGAAUUUUCAUUGGUGAUUCGAGUUUGUAUCAUUGUCAUGUUUGCAAUUUAUCUUUUAGUCACAUUGAAAGUGUGAACACUCACAUUGAGAGUAUUGAGCACGAAAAUCUUAUUCAGAGAUAUACGGACGAUAUUUUUGAAUUCAAGACCAAAAUUCCGAAGAAGAUGGAAUGGAUUAUAGACUCUAGUUUUUUUAUCGUAAUGAAGGACAAGAUCUAUUGUAAGAUCUGCGAUGUCUACUUUACUGAAAUCAGUGAAAUAGAACCUCAUGUGGAAACACAUAAAGCGGAUCGAGAAACCGCAGCGAAUAACGACAACGAAAAAAAGGAUUCACAAGAAAAACCAAAUGCUUCAGUGACAGUAUUCAGCAAUCCAAAAACCGUUCCCAUAGGCGAGUGUAAAUUACAAAUUCCCCCGCAUCUCCACUGGGUUGUUCAAGGGCACAAAGUUCUCGUGACUCCCACAAGCUUAUUUUGCACAAUUUGCCAAAAAAUCCUCACCAACAACAGCGCUAUCGAAACUCACCUCAACAAACACCUUCAGGUACAGUGGCAAAAGUCAAACCUCCCAGCAGGUUAUCCAACAGGUCCUCCAGCUUCUGAUCUAUCCUCCAAAGAUCAACCUUCCUCUUCUUCGAGAUCAACAGGAAAAACAAGAUGGAACGAUGCCCCAAAUAGAAAAAUCCAAACAAUCGAUCUCACAGAAGACGAACCACCUUUCAAAGGCUGCAAACUAAAAGUUCCCGAUCAUCUCCGCUGGGUUGUUAUCGAUCACAAAAUUGCCGUCAACGAAACAUUCCUCUUCUGUCCCAUCUGCAAAAAAUCACUCAACGACAAUGCCUCCGUCGAAAGUCAUCUUUUGCAACACAUCAAUUUGUCCUGGCAAAAGCAGAAUUUACCCGCAGGUUAUCCAAGAGGUCCCACCUACGUUCCUAGGGCGGAGAAAAAUAAAUCCUUCCAAUUAUCAAUUCCAAAUGUUGCCGGAAAGAGAAACGCGACAAAUUCCCUCGUCACCGAACAGACGAAAAUACAAAAAAUCGACGCAAGUUCGAAGCACGUGUUCAAAAAUGUUGGGAAUUCGAUACAAAUUCUGCCACAAAAUACAGGCGCAACGAUUCUCAAUGUUCCUUCGACAAAAAAGAUGAGUGUGGAUUCAAGUGUUCAUUCCCCGGUUCUGACGACUUCGGUCGCAAAUACUAGUCCGAAAAAGAAUCUCAAUACAAGACCGAAUCUUGUCGAUCUGAUGAAAAGGAGCAUUCCUUCAAUGGUGGCCAAUUCCGUGCAAGCGAAAACUGUUCCAAAAGUGCAAAUUCUGUCUGGAAAUUCAAAGACAAAUCAGCAAACGACGACGGGGAAAAAUAAGUCGACAGUUCAGCCGCCGAUGAAUUCUUUUCCUGUUGCUAAACCACCGGCGAAAGUUCAUUGCCUGAAUGUUCCACAAAUUUUGGGGAAGAAUUCGAAUGCUAAACAAAAUUUAGUGAAUCGUGGCGUUCAAGAAACUUUAGUGAAUCGUGGUGUUCAACAAACUUUAGUGAAUCAUGUUGGUCAAGGAAAUUUAAUGAAUCAUGUUGGUCAAGGAAAUUUAAUGAAUCCUGUUGGUCAAGGAACUUUAAUGAAUCCUGUUGGUCAACAAAUUUUAGUGAAUCGACAACCUUUAUUAAAUUUCCCCCCUAGUAAACAAAUCAAUCAACAACCUCUGUUAAAUUAUCCUAACAUGCAAAUAAAUCCUCUAAAUCCACAAACCGUUGACCAACAACUAGAAAAUCAACAAAUGAACCAACAACUAAAAAAUCAACAAAUGAACCAGCAGCUAAGCAAUCAACAAAUUAACCAACAACUAAAAAAUCAACAAAUGAACCAACUGCUAAAAAAUCAACAGACCCUUAACCAACAACUAAAAAAUCAACAAACCCUAAACCAACAACUAAAAAAUCAACAAACCGUUAACCAACUAAAAACCCAACAGACCAUUAAUCCCAUAAAUUUGCCCAUUAAUCAACAACAAAAUAAUCCUUCUAAUCAAAAACCUUUAACUAAUUUCAGACCGUCGAAUCAGCUAUCGAAAAAAAAUCUCCAACUAACAUCGCAAAGUCAUCUUUUCAACACCUCAAUCAUGACAAAAUUGCACAAGGCAAACUAUUUGUUCUUCACGAGAAAUGAAAUCUACGAAAUGUCUCCGGAGAAGAAACGAAAAAUUAUCCUCAGUUCUCAACUUUCGUUCUUCGUCAAAUAUUCGAGUGAAUAUUUCAUCUACUGUGUUGUUUGCGAGAAAAGUACGCCGUACAAUUUGCAAAAUGUCUACGAACACUGGUGCUCGUCGCAGCACAAUGAAUACUUGACAAAACUCGAGGAGGACGACAAACAAUUCACGAAUUAUCCAAAUCAAUUCAGUUGUCUUGCAUUGUCAAAGGAAUUUAUGGUCGACAAUCAAAGUUCAGAUUUGAAAAUGUUCACAUGCUGUGCUUGCGAUGAAAUUGUGCCGGAUCAGGAUUUAAUAUUGCAACAGCAUUUUCGUGACGAGAAACACGUGAAGAAUGUGCAGAGAUUUCGAAGACAUUCGCAGGAGAUUUGUAAGGAUAUUUUCCCAUUGGUCGAGAGUAAUUGGUAUAGUAUUGAGAAAUAUUCGUGUUGGCCGUGUAAGAAAUUGUUGUCGAAUGAAUUACCAUUUGCUGAGCACUUGGAGAGUAAGAAGCAUUUGAGUGUGAUGCAGGCGAUGAGUGAUGAGGAGAGGGAUAAUUGCUAUUUUGAUUCUUGUGCGGUUUGUGGAUUUCUUUGGUUUGGCGAUGGUGAGGAGUAUACGAAGCAUUGUCGACAGGACAGUAUUCAUAAGGAUUUGACGAGAAAUAUUGAGGACAGGAUUGAUUAUAUGCCGGAGGAAGCGAGUCAUUUGUUUGCUUCUUUAGGGAAUGUUAUUUCAGAAUUGAUGAAAGAGGUGGAGAAAGUGCGUUAUGAUCUGGGGAAGGAGAGCGAAUUGAUCAGGAGUCUUGAGGUUGCUGUGAGGAGAAAAUUUCCAGAAGCUAAAGCCUAUCCUUUCGGUUCGAGAGUUACUGGUCUGGGAUUCACGGAGAGUGAUAUUGACAUUUUUCUCGAUUGUGGUGGUUUCUACAAUGGAAAUUUCGAGCAACAUAUUGAUUUAAUCGAUAAAAUUCAUCACUGUUUGAAACUCGAUUCACAAGCAUGGAGCGUGGAAAGAAUAAUCGAGACGAGUCGAACGCCAAUAAUAAAAGUCUACCACAGUCAUUCGCAGUUGAAAUGCGAUGUUUCUUUUUCAAACGGAUUAAGCGUUGAAAAUACCAAGUUAUUAAAAUGUUACCUCACUGCUUAUCCUCAGUGCAAGGAAAUGAUUCUUUUUAUCAAAAAGUGGCUAGUACUUUGCCAAAUAUCAGGAUCGCGCCAUAUAACCAAUUAUGCAAUGUCCUGGUUUGUGAUUUUUUACCUGCAAACAAGAGAGCUUUUACCUAGUGUUGCUUCUUUGAUGAAGGGCAAUCCACAUCCAAAAUCCAUUUUCGGCUGGCCAGUAGGUUCCAGGGAAUUCACAGUUCCAACAGCAUCUCUAUCACUGUCGACGAAGGAACUCCUAAAAGGAUUUUUCUCUUUUUACGCUGAUUUCGAUUAUAGACUUAACGUUGCAUGUCCACUUUUAGGUGAAAUAAUAACGAAAAAAGCAUUUUUAGAAUUAAACACAUUACCUCAUGAAAUGAAACCGUACGUUGAAGUUAUAAGCAACGAAAGUGAUCCGGAAUUUUUCCGCAUCGAUUCACCAAUGUGUAUACAAGAUCCAUAUGAUCUUUCACAUAAUUUGACGAAAGGCGUAAAGAAAGUUAUUGUAAAUAGGUUUCGAAAAUUGUGCGCCAAAAGUUGCCGGCUUCUUUCAUCUUAAGAUUUUAAUCUAUUUUUAAGUGUGAAUAUAAAAUAUAUUUCUUUAACUUUUCUAAUAACGAGAAAUUAAAAUUAAAAUUUUAUUUUUUAUUUAAACUUCAUUGUUUUAAAAAAAAGUUAUUUGUCAUAUUGUACGAUAUUAUGGAAGAUAAUAAAAUACGCUUAGUUUGUUAUAAUAA